AUGACCAAAGGCGACUCAUCCGAUGAUAGCCCAAUUAAACAUUGCGGCGUCAAUGUAGCAAAGUCAAGCAAACAAUACAAAGACACAAUUGGCGCAUCAAAUAAAAAGAUUACUUGUUACCAACUUUGUGUAUGCAUUGGUUUGGCCUUGAUAGCCAGUAUUAUCAAGGCAGAUGUCAGUCAUCUGCCAUUAAGCAAAUAUCUGCCACCAGUGCCAGCCAAAGAAGAACUCGUAAUACAUGCGCAGAGUAGCAAUGCAGUGACUGCAGCUAGCAACACUGGAUCAUUGCAGUAUAAGCCAGUGGAACAACAAAGUGGACUACAACCGCUGCAGCAACAAAAUACUCUGCAAUAUCAAUCACCACAACCACAGCAACAACAACAGCAACAAAAUAUUGCACAAUAUCAACUGCAGCAAUUGCCAUUACAAGAAGCCCGAAACGAUUUUCUUAGAUACAGCAAAACUCCUUUCGCACAAGUUGAAUCGAUCAGACCUUCAAUACACUUAGCCAGUUUCUCCAUACAAAGCGUCGAGCCUGUACACCAAGUAUUGAGUGGACUACACCACGGCAGCACACACAACCAACAUGUAAGCAAUAUUGCAGCUCUAACGCAACAUGCAACAUCCGUAAGUAGCCAAAGCACUGUAUAUGGUGCACCAGCCGUUUCUGCAAUACAAACAAAUCCUGUACAAACUUCGAACUUGGAAGUUGCAACAAACACCCAACAAAGCUUAGCUUCAACACAACUGCAGGGAGGCAACACUGGCGCACAAACAUUAACACAAGUUUAUGGGUCACCAGCAACCACUGUGUCGCAAGUAGCAAAUGUAGCAACAACUGGUUCUAUAACCAAUACUCCAACAAAUAAUGGCUACGAAUAUCAAGGUCUUUCUGCGGCACCAGCAGUAGUAGAGGCCACAGUGCAACAGAUACAGUCUACACCGGCAGUACAAGCAGUAUCUGCAGGCUCUAUUGAACAACAAACAGUACAAACAGCGACAAAUGGUGGCUAUGCUCCAUCUGGUCCUUCAAUUGCACCAGCAAUUGAGAUAUCAGUUCAACAGAUACCAUCCAAACCUGUGCUUCAAAAUGUUGCGCAAGUAACUACUAACUUAGUACAACAGCAAGGUGCAACAGUACAUAACGCAGCAAAUGGUGGAUAUAUUUCGUCCAGUAUUCCAGCAUCGCCAGCAUUCGAAAUCUCAACACCACAGAUACAUACCAUUCCAGCUGCACAACAUACAGUACAAAUAUCUGCAGGUUCAAUUCAACAACAAGGAGCAACAGUACACACAACAUCCAAUGGUGGUUAUUCUUCCUCAGCAGUUUCUGUAGCACCUGCAGUUGAGUUACCUCAGCCACAAAACUAUUACGUACCUGCUGUUCAGGACAAUUCAAUCGGUGUCACUUCAACACAACAAGUUCAAGCGCAACAGCAAAAUAAUAUCCCAGCUCAAGCUACAAUAGCAGUUAAUCAAGAAACACCAUCUGUACCAGAACAAACCUAUGGCUUACCAGAAGCAACUAUAAUAGCACAAGCAUUAUCCGUACCAAUAUCUCAGACACAAAAUAUUGUUACUACUGCUUCUUCCACACCUGCAUCUUCUGGAACCUAUGCUGCACCACCACAGCUAACUUCAUCAUAUAUACCACCAGCUCAAAGUUCUCCAGCGAGCUAUGCAACAGCACCUCAACUAAGUUUUACCUCCACAACAUCUGGUCAAGCACAAGGCAGUGCUAUUAUAACGCAACAACAAAGUUAUUCACCUCCAAACUUAGUACAGCAAACACCCCAAACAUAUACCGUACAAGCACAGCAACAAAGUUAUUUUACACCUCCGUUACCAGUUCCACAAUAUAGUCAACCAUCAUCGACAACUCAAAGUUACACCACCACAUAUCAACAAAAUCAGGUCCCCAAUUAUGCUGUUCCAAUUUCAGUCCAACCACAACAGAACUAUGCUGCACCCGCUGCUUUACCACAGACGACAUCCUAUCAACCAUCUUAUACUGUACCAAAUAUAGCCACACAAUAUCAAACACAACCUGCGGCACCAGUACAGCAAGUACAGUCAAUCAAUUACGCUAUUUCAAGUCAGGCGCCCUCUGGUACUUAUAAUUAUGCUGCACCCAUAAAUGUACCAACAUCAUCAAAUCAACUUGUCAAUACGGUACCACAAACUUUUGCAGUGGAACAGACACCUAUAGUUUUACAGGAAUACAAUGCUCCAGCAAUACCACAAACUGCUGCACUGGAAACAGUUAAUCAAGUUCCCGCUGGGACAAUAGCCGAUACAACGGCUUCUUUAGUGCCAACACAAAAUCUCAGCCCUAAUUUAAUCUCAACCCCAACCAUUUCAGGAGCAGUUAAUCCUAUUUCCGUAACCAUUUCUAAUGCAAAUGGUGCUUCGAACCAGAUUGGAGGAACCGAGUACGCAGCUAAUGGUGGCUACAAAUUCUUCAUUGUCUUUGCUUUGUUUGCUCUUGCUACCGCUGAUGUCAGCCAUUUGAGCAGAACAUAUUUGCCACCAUCACAAGCAGCUGCUUCAGUUCCAACUGUUGAUUACUUGCCACCAUCACAUGGAUCUGCUUCAACUACUUAUUCUACCUACUCAGCACCUGCCGCUACUACUUCUUACAGCAGUGGCAUAAGUGCUGCCCCAUCAACUUCAUACUCAACUUACUCAAGUGCUCCUGUUGCUGCAGCUACAUACUCUGCACCAUCAUACAGUUCCGCCACCUAUAGCGCACCAGCUAGCUCAUAUUCAACUUAUACCGCCCCAGCAGCUGCAGCCUCUUACUCUGCACCAACAUACUCCGCUCCAGCUACUUCAUACACUAGGUCUAGCUACUCAGCUCCAGUUGCAGCUGCCACUUACACCGCCCCAGUUACCUCAUAUACUAGCUCAAGCUAUUCAGCUCCAGUCGCUGCUGCUACAUACUCUGCACCAUCUUACUCUGCUCCAGUUACUUCAUACACUAGCUCCAGCUACUCAGCUCCAGUUGCUGCUGCCACUUACACUGCACCUGUUACCUCAUAUACCAGCUCUAGCUACUCUGCUCCAGCUGCUGCUGCUACAUACUCCGCACCAUCUUACUCCGCUCCAGCUGUGUCAUACACCAGCUCAAGCUACUCAGCUCCAGCUGCUGCUGCUACAUACUCCGCACCAUCUUACUCCGCUCCUGCUGUGUCAUACACCAGCUCAAGCUACUCAGCUCCAGCUGCUGCUGCCACAUACUCAGCUCCAUCAUACUCUGCACCAGCUACCUCUUACACUAGCUCCAGCUAUUCAGCUCCAGUUGCUGCCGCUUCAACUACCUACUCUUCUGGUAUCGAUACUGAGUAUGGUUCCAAUGGCGGUUACGUAUAUACCAAAAAACAUUAGGUCUGCUAUAUUCAAUUAAACGACACUU